GUCAAGUUUAGGGCCAAAUGAUUUCGUAAACAAUCUCUUUAAAGAACAUACUCCCAUAGAUUAAUUGUCCAGAGCUCUGCUAAUAUCAUAUCACUAUUAACUAUUAAGAGACAAAUGACUAAUAAAAAGAAUCUCCAGAUUUACUAAACUCCCAACUCGACCAGCCCCCUUCUACGCAAUAAUUUUUCCUUCCAAAGAAGUAUUCUGCGCAAUUGUUUACAAACUCAAUUGAGAUGAAAAGAGAGGGAAAAAAUAACAAAGUUUUGGGGAGAAGAAAUGGAUGCUACAAAUAUGGAUUUUCAUGUUCUCACAGUCAAGAGAUAUGAUCAAUUUGACAGGAAUUGUAACUACGAGAGCGAACUUUCGCAUGAACACCAACACUUUGACACGACAAGACUUUUUGCUAUGUCGGGCUAGCAUUUAUAGUCUGCGUGACAUAGUCAAAGAUGGGUUGCCCGAAAACCUCUACCUACAUCAAAGCUUCCUUCACGAUCUUGAAAUCGGCACUCCCAAAUGCAACCAAGUUCCCAAGGAAUGCCUCCGAAUAGUUCGCCAGCUAUUGACAUCUCGGAGACACCAAUGCCAUCUGGCAUCGUGUCAAUUGUGGGUAUGUGAGAAACUGCUACACAUUUGCUCUUAUUCCUUGUAGCAAAGACAAGUUCAUAUGCUCUUUGUUGGAGAGUGGAGACUAUGUAAGACUUGCAAGUGUUGUGAUGUUUAGAUUAACGAAUUUAUUAACCAUAUCCAUAUGUGUCAUUAAUAGUAGAUUUUGAAUGUGGGCACUAUCAUACAUAUUACCCGACUAGUAAGAAGUUGAAGUUCAAUUAGAUUAACUUGAAAAUAAAUUACAUUUAGUGAUUCACACCGAUCAUUUUAACUAUCAAAAGGUCAAACCUAGAGGAUUAAGUCCUCUUAAGGUUACUCAAUUUGUUUUUUCAUAGCUGAUUUAAAUGAUUCAUUGAUUUUCCAUAUCUUACCUUUUCCACAUCCACAAUUACUCAUUUCACAUGUACAACCUCCAACAUAAGUUUACACACCCCCAUCAAGAGAACAUGGAAAUGUUUGCUUUUACUUCUUCUUGCAAAUGCAAAUGGUGACAUUGAUCAUGUUGAUUCAUUCCAAUCCAAUGGAAGAAAGAAGCCACUUGCCGUCCCAUUCCUCCACUCCCCGUUAUCUCGAGCUACUCCAAACAAAAACAAAAAAAACAUAAACCGACACACAAGUAUAUAAACAAGGGAAGAAUAACCAAGAACGUAUCCACGUUUCCACAUUUGACGCAUAACAGAGGAAACAAAAAAGAAGGAAAAACAGAGUUCCUACCGUGAUUCCCCUUCAGACUGCGACGCACUACUGACAUGGCUUCUGCUUCGAUGCCGUUCGCCGCAACUUUCUCUUCCUCGCCAUUGCAGAGUAUCGCUGAAAAGGCAAGGUCUUAUUCUCCUACCUUGCAGUCGCUGGGCGUUUCCCUCGCAUCAUUCAGGUUAUCCCCGCUCGCCUCUUCCAGAUCAGGGUUUCUGCAACAUGGGUUCUCUUUGCAGUCCCAGAAACUAGUCGGGGUUGCUCCAAAGACUCGUUCUUUUGGCGUUUUCGCCACAGCUGCCACUGAGAAAUCUAUUCAUGACUUCACUGUCAAGGACAUUGAUGGUAACGAUGUGUCUCUAAGCAAAUUCAAGGGCAAAGUUCUGCUAAUUGUCAAUGUUGCUUCGAGAUGCGGUUUGACAUCUUCGAACUAUUCGGAAUUGUCGCACAUUUAUGAGAAGUACAAGGCACAAGGACUUGAAAUCCUAGCCUUCCCUUGCAACCAGUUUGGAGGCCAAGAACCAGGAUCGAAUCCUGAGAUCAAGCAAUUCGCUUGUACUCGAUUCAAAGCUGAAUUCCCAAUAUUCGAUAAGGUUGAUGUAAAUGGACCGAGCACAGCCCCUGUGUACAAGUUUCUCAAGUCUAGUGCUGGGGGCUUCUUAGGCGAUUUGAUCAAAUGGAACUUUGAGAAGUUCUUGGUGGACAAGGACGGGAAGGUUGUUGAACGUUACCCGCCAACAACAUCGCCUUUCCAGAUCGAGAAGGAUAUCCAGAAGCUGCUCGCCGCGUAAAUACCCAGCCUCCCCAAAUCACAUUGAACGGAUCGAUCAUGUAUACUUAAGUAACACAUUUGUUUGUACACGUCUGCAUACAGACAUCACGUAUAUACAUGUCUUAAGCCUUUCGGUGUUAGUAAUACUAAUAGUGCUCUGUGUACUCUCAGACCUCUGUACACUUCGAUGAUUUUUGUAGUUUGAAGGGACGGUACUUUUGUUAAUUGCAUAAGGUAACAGUCCAAAAAGGGAGAGUUGGGUGUGUUUAAGUAAAUCCAGAAGCCAUUAACGGGCUGCAACGCCAACAAUCCUGGGAUGAACCGAACCCCAGCAGCAGCAAGCUCAGGUUGCUCUGUUCUGCGAGUUCUUAACCUGCAAUCAAAACACAAGCUCAACAAAGUGGUAUCACUAUCAUUAGUCUUAGAAAACACAAAAGAGCUAUUGGUACUAUGAUGCAACUGGCAUAGAUAGAUGAGCUUGUGCAAAGAGUGAAGUUUCGAGUCGUGUUUCAUCUACCUAGACCAAUAUCUUGAACGAAAUUCUUUUGUCAAGUUCAUGUUCAAACGAGUCGCCCUACCCGCUUUGAUGAUUGCUCUUCGAGGUUUUUAAGAAUAGCAAUUUUAGGGGGAAUUAAUUUAUUGAUGGAGUAGAAGCAUUGGUUUCUUGAUGAUAAGAAUUGUCGCCGUUCUCCUUCAUUUCCAUCGUAUAUGUUGAGCCUAUCAGAGUUGCCUAUCAGAACACUGAUGAUGUUUUGUUGAAGGCACGUGUAUUGGUCUGGGGUGAAAUUGAUAAAAAAGUUCACGGUGGAUGAGCACAAUGACCAAGUUUGAGGGUUCAUUUAUAUAAACGUUUAAAAGAUUUCUUUUGCAAUGAUAUGAUCAAAAGUUGGAUGAACAGUUGAUGAUAUAACUCAUUCUAAUCAAAAUUGGAUGAAUAGACAUAGCUCAUAUUAUUCAAGGUUUUUAUUAAAACCAUUAUAUUCAAAGUUAGAUGAGCAUAUGUAGGAAUGGCAAUGGGGCAGGUCCGGGGCGGGUUUUUUGGUACCCAGACCUGCCCCGUGGCAGGUCGGGUAAUUUAUCACGGGUCACGGGUCGGGGCAGGUCGACCCAAUGGGUAUGCAAUUUAUAUGAAAAAUAUUAGAAAUAUUCGUUGUUUUUAUUAUAAGACCAAGGAAACAAACAAUAUUAUGAGAAAUAUAGUUAAAUUAUUGGAGAAAUUGAGGUUUUCACUAAUUUAUGUCUUUAUUAUAGCUAAGAUUUGAUGUAACAAAAGAGAAAUCUUAAGUAAUUUGACUAAAAUUACGUGUAAUUUAGGCAAGAACGGGUCAAGAAUGGGGCGGGUCGGGACAGGUCGGGCCGAUGAGAGUACCCAUGCCCGCCCCGCCCCGCCUACGGGACGGGUCGGACCCCCCCCAAAAAUAGGUCAAACAGGUCGGGUAAAACGGGUCAGGUCAAAAUUGCCAUCCCUAAGCAUAUGUUGACACAAUUCAUGCUCUCAAACACGUGAUGAAUUUAUGGAUAUCUCAACCAAUUAUUGUAUUUUCGACAUUGAUGACGUCAUAAUUAGCAAAUUUUUAUAUCUAAGUUUAAAAAAAUUACAUCAAAAUA